UCGGAAGCUGCUUCUCAGUUGCCCUCUCCUACCACCUGCUCUUCAGUCCCUUCCUCUUGCACUUCCCUUGCCCCUGUCAUUGACUCAUUCCAUCAGACGAGCACAUUCGGACCUUCCCAGCAGACGAUAUCUGUGAUAGCGGAUGCAUCUUUCGCUAGCCAACAACAGCCACAGAAUCCUCAUCAACACCAGCAACAACAGCAGCAAUCACCUCCUGCCGGCAACUCCGCCUUUAUCUAUUUGCCUCUGGUUGAUCGGCAGGGCAAUCACCUACCAAUUCACUUUACGACAGAAAAAGAGUUUGCCCAUCUUUAUGUUUCGAAUGUGUUGCUAUAG